AUGUUUCGCAAGAAGAAAAAGAAGAGGCCUGAGAUAUCAGCGCCCAAGAACUUUGAGCACCGUGUCCACACCUCGUUUGACGCCAAGCGCGGCUGCUUCAUAGGCCUGCCGACCCAAUGGCAGAGCCUGAUAGAGAACCUGCGAAGGCCCAAACCCAUGGUGGACCCUUCCAGGAUCACAGAGGUGGAGCUGAGGCCAAAGAAGACCAUUGUGCGUGGGAGCAUGAUCGGUCACGGAGACUACAUCGCAGCCAUGAUCAACGAUAUGAGCCGCCUGUCUGUGACCAGUUCCAACUCUUUGCGGAAGAGCAGCCCCUCUGCCAGGAAGAGGGCUCAGUCUCUGGGGAGGCUGGGGGAGGUGAACGAGGGGGACACGUACCAGUACGAGGGCCUGACCCAGGACGAUGAUGACGAGGAGGACGCGGGUCAGGAUCCGUGGAGGGACAGGGCCAGGAACAUCCACAGCGAGACCAACACCCCGUACUUAGGCAUGAAGAAGAGCAUCACUCUGCAGCCUAACGGGAUCUUGCCAAAGGCCAAGUCCACCUACGAAGUUGGCGUCAGCUCCAUGGAGGGACCCUCGCUCCCUGCUCAGUCCCAGAACAUCCAGAUGCCAAGUCACGGGGCUUAUAUGAGUGGAGAGGUGGGCAGUCCUCAGGAAAGAGUCAUAUGGAAGAGAGAUUUCCAGCUUCCCAGAGGAAUGCCGCCUAAUCAGAGACCUGUAGCUUGUUUCUACAGCCCAGCUAUGACUGUACAGCAGCCCCACGGAGAUCAAGGAACGGUCACCACGGAGCUCCGGCCCAAUCUACCGAUGUACAUGCACCCACAGAACAGCCCAGGGAGGCCGUUCUCCUCCUAUGACCUGAAAGCAGAGUCGGCAGUGAGGUACCACUCUGGUUUCCUGCCCACUGGCACCAGCAGUCCUCUUGUGGGAGGCAUCAGACCCCAGCGGACUGUGCGAUCUUCAGCUAGCUACACCCUGGGCUUGUCCCCUAACAUGGGACUGAGACCCAGCGGACCAGACCCCUUUCUCAGACACUCUGGGUGCCCCAACCCUCCUUACCCUCGGCAGGACAGCCCUUCCCAACCGCGACCUUCCCCUACAGGCUCACUAGCCACCAGUCCUCCAGGUACCUGCUCCCCUGCCUUCAGACCCCCGCAGCAUCCUUCACCCAGACCGCCUCCCGACCCACCCAAGGUGACACAUGAACAGUUUAAGGCGGCCCUGCAGAUGGUGGUAGACAAGGGCGAUCCACGGUCUUACCUGGAGAACUUUGUGAAGAUCGGAGAGGGCUCAACCGGGGUGGUGUGUAUCGCCACAGAGAAGCACAGCGGAAGGCAAGUGGCGGUGAAGAUGAUGGACCUGCGGCGGCAGCAGAGGAGAGAGCUGCUCUUCAAUGAGGUGGUCAUAAUGAGGGACUACCAGCAUAGGAACGUGGUGGAGAUGUUUAAGUCUGCCUUGGUGGAGGAGGAGCUGUGGGUCAUCAUGGAGUACCUGCAGGGUGGAGCACUAACCAACAUCGUGUCUGAAACCAGGCUGAGCGAAGAGCAGAUUGCCACAGUGUGUGAAGCUGUUCUGCAAGCCCUGGCCUAUCUCCAUUCACAGGGAGUCAUCCACAGAGACAUCAAGAGUGACUCCAUAUUGCUCACAUUAGACGGAAGGGUCAAGCUUUCAGACUUUGGCUUCUGCGCUCAGAUCAGUAAGGACAUCCCUAAGAGGAAGUCCCUCGUGGGGACACCUUAUUGGAUGGCUCCCGAGGUCAUCUCCAAAUCACCAUAUGGCACUGAGGUCGACGUGUGGUCGAUGGGCAUCAUGGUGGUAGAGAUGGUGGAUGGAGAGCCCCCGUACUUCAGUGAAACCCCUGUAGCAGCGAUGAAGAGGCUGAGAGAUGAGCCAGCUCCCACUGUACGAAAUGUCAACCAGAUCUCUCCAGUUCUUAAAGACUUCCUGGACCGUAUGCUUACUCGGGAUCCCCUAGAACGGGCCAGCGCCACCGACCUGCUGGAGCACCCCUUCCUGCUGCAGAGCGGCUCACCUCAGUGCCUGGUCCCGCUGGUGGAGCAGUACCGCAAACGCAUGUCCCGCUGCUGA